AUAUUUAAACCACGAAAAAAAACACCAUCACCGCUUUGAUUUCCACUCCUGUUUUACAACACUUUCGCGACGAAAACUACGAUUUAGGGUUUGAUAGUAAUGGCAAUGGCAGCCCCAGGGCAACUUAACGUCGUUGAAUCUCCUUCAUGGGGAUCUCGUAGUGUUGAUUGCUUUGAGAAAUUGGAGCAAAUUGGUGAAGGCACUUAUGGUCAGGUUUACAUGGCCCGAGAGAUCAAAACUGGUGAAAUUGUUGCUUUGAAGAAAAUACGAAUGGACAAUGAGAGAGAAGGGUUUCCUAUAACUGCUAUACGUGAAAUCAAAAUUCUAAAGAAACUACACCAUGAAAAUGUAAUCAAGUUGAAGGAAAUUGUGACUUCUCCAGGUCCUGAGAAAGAUGACCAAGGGAGGCCAGAUGGCAACAAAUACAAAGGGGGCAUAUAUAUGGUCUUUGAAUACAUGGACCAUGAUUUAACAGGUCUUGCGGACCGACCUGGCAUGAGAUUUACUGUCCCCCAGAUUAAGUGUUACAUGAGGCAGCUUUUGACAGGACUUCACUACUGUCACGUCAAUCAAGUACUUCACCGUGAUAUCAAAGGCUCAAAUCUUCUGAUAGAUAAUGAAGGUAAUUUGAAGCUGGCAGAUUUUGGUUUGGCCCGGUCAUUUUCGAAUGAGCACAAUGCAAAUCUUACAAAUCGAGUCAUCACAUUAUGGUACAGACCUCCUGAGUUAUUACUGGGGACAACAAGGUAUGGGCCAGCUGUAGACAUGUGGUCUGUUGGGUGCAUUUUCGCUGAGCUUCUUCAUGGGAAGCCCAUCUUUCCUGGAAAAGACGAGCCAGAGCAAUUAAAUAAGAUUUUUGAGCUUUGUGGAGCACCAGAUGAGACGAUCUGGUCCGGAGUUACUAAGACUCCUUGGUACAAUCAGUUUAAACCUACAAGACCAAUGAAAAGGCGCCUGAAGGAGGUUUUCAGACAUUUUGAUCGCCAUGCAUUGGAGUUGUUGGAUAAGAUGCUCUCACUUGAUCCUAGUCAGAGAAUUACCGCCAAAGAAGCACUUGAUGCAGAGUACUUUUGGACUGAUCCAUUACCAUGUGAUCCCAAGAGUUUACCCAAGUAUGAGUCAUCGCAUGAGUUUCAGACGAAGAAAAAGCGUCAGCAGCAACGGCAAAAUGAAGAAAAUGCCAAGCGUCUUAAGAUGCAGCAUCCACAGCAGCAUACUCGUCUUCCCCCAAUUCAGGGUGGACAACAUGCCCAAAUGCGGCAAGGUCCGACCCACCCUAUUCAUGGCUCACAACCAGCCGUUGCUGCAGGACCCAGCCAUCAUUAUGGGAAGCCUCGAGGUCCCUCUGGUGGGCCAGGACGAUAUCCUCCUGGUGGGAACCCUAGCGGUGGAUACAAUCAUCCAAAUCGUGGAGGUCAAGGAGGGGGCGCUGGUUAUGGCAGUGGACCAUAUCCUUCUCAAGGUCGGGGGGCACCUUAUGGGUCUAGUGGUAUGCCUGCUGGACCCAGUGGUGGUCCUCGUGGUGGAGGCGGCAGUGGCUAUGGAGUUGGAGCUCCAAAUUAUCCUCAAGGUGGCCCGUAUGGUGGUGGAUCGACUGCUGGUCGUGGGUCAAACAUGAUGGGUGGGAAUCGCAACCAACAGUAUGGUUGGCAGCAGUAGAACAUUUUCUGAUCAUGACAAUAUUGUUGUGAUUUGGUUAUGCUUUGUGAGAUGGUUAAGGAGCGAUAGAAGGAUCUGAGAUGAUGAAUAUUGAGAGGAUUUGAAUAAAAUAUAUGUUCCCUAUGGAUUUUAAAUUGUUUAUAUAAUAAUAGUAUGAUUAUCACUUCGUCUGCCUUAGAAGCCUUUUUGAAGCUCCAAAUAUAUUUGGUCCAUGAAGUUAAGAGACUACGAAAAGAAAACUACAUUAUGUUAUUGUAGUUGUUUAUUUUAGUAUUUUAUGCCUUAGAACUUCAGCUUGAUUGAAUGAAAAAGCAAUCUGCUUCAUCGAGAAAUGUUACAAGCUGCUGUUCUAGUUAAUAUUGUUUCUGGGAAUACACAACUGUACUGAAUUUUGUUUUCUUCA